CUAACCACCUCCCACUCUUGGUUCCAAAUGGUUUGACUAACUUAGUCUAAAUCUCUUCUCCUGCUCUGUCGCUGCCUGGUCAUUAAUCUAACGGCUGCAUCGCACCACGGAUCCUCCCCACUGUCCGUCCCCCUUGAACUAAACGCCCUUUGGGUAAAUCUCCGAUAUGGCCUGCUUCACAGUCCAGCCCAUUUGAUGGAUCGCGAUACGCUCUAUCCGCUUCGUCCUCACGAACGGGGAGUAUAAAGUACGACUUCUCCCAUACCAGACUUCGUUUUGCCUCCCAGACAAUUCUCUCUCAAAUCUCCCACUCUUUCUCUACACAAUGAAGGCUUCGUGGGCUUUGGCAGCUGCCACUGCAGCUCUCACCUCUACGGUCUCCGCCACCAACUCCGGUGAUUGCCACUGCCUGCCCGGUGAUAGCUGCUGGCCCUCGACCUCCAGCUGGGAUGCGCUGAAUAGCACGGUGAACGGUCGCUUGGUUGCUACUGUUCCCGUUGGUACUCCUUGCCAUGCCCCCAACUAUGAUGCCGCCGCGUGCAAGGAUCUGCAAAGCAACUGGUACCACCCGCAGACCCACAUGGACACCUCGAGCUCCGUCAUGCAAACCUACUUUGCCAACCAGAGCUGCGACCCGUUCACCGCGGAGUCCAAGCCCUGCUUGCUUGGCAACUACGUGAGCUACGCAGUCGACGUCUCGUCUAGCGAGGAGGUUGUUGCCGCCAUCAACUUCGCCAAGUCCAACAACAUCCGUCUCGUGAUCCGUAACACUGGCCAUGACUACCUUGGUCGUUCCACCGGUGCCGGUGCUCUGUCCAUCUGGACUCACCACCUAAACAACAUCGAGUACGUCGACUGGUCUGAUUCCACCUACAGCGGCCCUGCCUACAAGCUGGGUAGCGGUGUGAUGGGUUUCCAGGUUCUUGAGGCCGUCCACGCCAACGGCCACGUCGUGGUCGGUGGUGAGUGCCCCACCGUCGGUCUGGCUGGUGGUUACCUCCAGGGUGGUGGUCACUCCGCCCUCAGCACCUCGUUCGGCCUGGGAGCCGAUCAGUCGCUGUCUUUCGAGGUGGUUACCGCUGCCGGUGAGGUCAUCACGGCCUCCCGCACCAGCAACACCGACCUCUACUGGGCUCUCAGCGGUGGUGGUGCCGGUAACUAUGGUGUCGUUCUGUCCGUCACCGUGAAGGCCUACCCUGAUGCCACUAUUUCCGGCGCCGGUCUCCAGUUCACCGCCGCCAACGUCACGACGGAGGUUUUCUUCGAGGCUGUCGCUCGCUUCCACGAGCUGUUGCCUGCCAUGAUCGACGCUGGCACCACGGUCAUCUAUGAGAUGACUAGCAGCAUCUUCCUGAUCAACCCUCUUACUGCUUUCAACAAGACCACCACCGAGGUCAAGACCAUCCUUGCCCCCUUCCUCUCUGCCCUGACCGACCUUGGCAUCACCUAUUCUGUCUCCUACACGGAGUACACUUCGUAUUACGACCACUACGAGAAGUACAUGGGUCCUCUUCCCUACGGCAACCUGGAUGUCGGCACCUUCAACUACGGUGGCCGCCUGAUCCCCCGUUCCGUUCUGGACACCGACGUGAAGCCCUUGGUGUCCGCCCUCCGCAACAUCACCGGCCAGGGCAUCAUCGCCGUCGGCGUUGGCUUGAACGUGACCAGCUCCAACGACGUGGCCAACGCUAUCUUCCCCGAGUGGCGCAAGGCUGCCGUGACCAUGCAAAUUGGAGCCGGUUGGAACGAGACCGCCCCGUGGGAGCAGAUGCUCGAGGAGCAGUACAAGAUGACCCACCAGGUUGUGCCCCAGCUCGAGGCCGCCACCCCCGGCGCCGGCGCCUACCAGAACGAGGCCGACUUCAACCAGCUGAACUGGCAGGAGACCUUCUUCGGCUCCAACUACGCCAAGCUGUCUCAGAUCAAGAACAAGUAUGAUCCGGACCACCUGUUCUACGUCCUCAAGGGUGUGGGUAGUGAUUACUGGACGGUGUCGGAGUCGGGCCGUAUGUGCAAGGCUUGAUUGAUGUUUUCUUUUGUGUAUAUGUUAGGGACUACUUUUUGAUGGGUGAUUCUUG